AUGAAGGAACAGAUCGAUUGGAGCUACAUUGAAUUUGUUGACAACCAAGAUGUUUUGGACCUUAUUGAAAAGAAACUUGGAGGAAUUAUUGCUCUCCUAGAUGAAGCUUGCAUGUUUCCAAAGUCAACACAUGAAACAUUUUCAAACAAGCUUUAUCAAACAUUUAAGAGUCACAAGCUCUUUAUUAAACCAAAACCUUCUCAAACAGAUUUCACUAUUGCAUAUUAUGCAGGCGAGGUGCAGUACCAGUCUGACCAAUUUUUAGAUAAAAACAAGGAUUAUGUGGUUCCUGAACAUCAAGAUUUGUUGGGUUCUUCCAAAUGUCCUUUUGUAGCGGGCCUUUUUCCUCAACUUCCAGAUGAGACAUCAAAAUCUUCUAAGUUUUCUUCUAUUGGUUCCCAUUUUAAGCUGCAACUACAACAACUAAUGGAGACAUUAAACUCAACGCAGCCUCAUUAUGUUAGAUGUGUGAAACCAAACAACCUCCUCAAGCCAGCUGUUUUUGAGAAUGUCAAUAUUAUGCAACAACUUCGUUGUGGUGGUGUUUUAGAGGCGAUCGGGAUUAGUUAUGCUGGGUCACAGAAGCACACAACAUUGAGAAGGCACGAGAGUUGGUUUAAGGCAGAGCCUCCAGCAAUAGUAGUUGCAACAGUUGAGAGUUUGUGUCAAAUGCUAGAAAAACAACUUUUUUCACUUGCAACCUUGCGGGUGUUGGUUGUUGAUGAGGUUGACUUCAUAUUCAAUUCUUCAAAGCAAGCGAGUUCUCUCCGGAAGAUUUUGACCUAUUCAUCCUGCAAUAACCUUCAGACAGUGUUUUCCAGUGCAUCUAUACCACAGCACAAUCGAUUUCUUAACGAAGUUGUGCAGCAUAAAUGGACUAAGAGGGAUGUGAUCCAUAUUCACGUUAAUCCAGUGGAGCCCAUGCCAUCUCGCCUAUAUCACAUAUUUAUAGUAUGUGAUAAGAAGAGAAAACUACAAACCCUGUUAUCCUUGAUUCAAUCUGAUGCUCCUGAGUCUGGCAUUAUAUUUGUUAGUGAGCAGUCUGAGAAGUCGAAAAAGACUGGAAAUGCUCCGUCCACAUCCCUUGUGAUUAACUUUCUAAAGACAUCAUAUCAUGGUUCUUUAAAUAUCCUCCUUCUCGAAGAUGACAUAAAUUUCAAUUCAAGAGCAGCUUCUAUGUUGGAGGUCAAGAAAGGUGGCGGCUAUCUUCUAGUGGCAACAGAUGUAGCUUCUAGAGGAGUUGACUUUCCAGAAAUGACUCACAUAUACAACUUUGAUCUACCAAAAAUGCCAUUGAUUAUCUUCAUCGAGCAGGGAGGACUUGUAGAAAACCAUUUUCUGAUGUUAACUGUUCUGUCACAAAGCAUUAUAAUCUCUGAGGAGCAGUUUGUUCUGCAGAGAUAUGAAAAUGAGUUGAGAAGCUUAGAAGAUCAAGGGCUCAAUUACGUUAAGCUUCACGCAGCAACCGUUGGAAUUAAAUCAGAAAAGCUUGAAAGUUUUAGAAUUUCCAUUGCCAAAGGUUCUCCAAUGUGGGAAACUUUAGACUCAUGUAUUAAAGUUGUUGAUGCAGAAUCAUUGAACACAUUGAUCCCACGACUCGCUCAUUUAGUACGAUCCGGUGUGGGUCUUAAUACUAGAGUUGGUUUUGCCAAUUUCAUUACUUUGUUGCUUGAAAGUGUUGGUGUUGACAUCAAGCCAUAUGCUAAUAUUCUGAAAUUUAUUGAAGAUACUGCAGCUUUAAGUGCUGGUAACAAAAGCUCUCAAAUUGCAUGUGCAUUUAUCUUAAGAAGCUAUUCAUCCAGGGCAACAUAUGUUAUUGGUGGAUAUCAUGCAGUUAUCAUUCCAGUUGUUUUCCUUUCAAGGUUUGAGGAUGACACUAAUAAAUCUCAAGCCACUCAAAAGAAACAAUUUCGGCAUCAUCCAGCAUUAUUGUGGAAAUUACAGGACCAGCAAUCAAUUGAUGAAUUGGAUAAGGAACUGAGUCACUCAGAUGGAUACAUCCUAAUGUAUGGUUCCUUACUAGGUGAUACAAAUUCUUCUGCUGUCGGGAGGGGGAAUCAUACUUUCCUGCUCAAUGCAAGAAUUGGGGGACAACAAUUUCAUUCUGUAGGAUCUGAAUCCACUUCUGGGCGGUCACCUUUGCGACAAUGCUCUCCCUCGCCAUCAAGUAUGCAAAGCCAAUAUAUUGAAGAUUCUUCACCCACCCUUUCUCCUAAUAUUCAGGUUGGAGACCUGCCAAGAUCAUCACAGGUAAAAGACUUGCGGGGUCCAUUACCUUCAGCGAGUUUUCAGUCAAGGUAUCAACAACAAGCACGAAUGACUCAACAAUCAAUAUUACCUCCACGACAACAAUUGAUGCCACCGAUUCAAUUUCAGCCUGCACAAUUGCAACAGCUAAUGAGUUUACAACAACAACCAAAUUAUUUGCAACGAGACAUGCAAUCACAGGCUUCACAUAAAAAUACAGAAAAAAGAACUUCGGAAUCUUAA